AUGAGUGACUCCAAUGUCUGUGGCAAGUGUGGCGCGAGGCGCCGUGGCGAAAGCAAAGAUUUUCAAUUCUUUGUCGCCAAAUCAGUCAUCGGGUUCAUCACUAUGACUGCAUGCUUCGUGCUGAUGAGACUGUUCUUCCUAGGUGCUCUUGCGCAGCCUAUGAGUAAUCAGUCUGAUAUUUCGUUACCCGCCAUGGGUAAUCAUAGCGAUCAGCUGAGCGGUGUUGAUUUCACACUCUACGCAGUCGACGCCUCGAUGAACGAACAGGACGCUAUACAGAGCUAUUACAGUGCCUUCGUCAAUGAAACCCCACCUGUCCGAAAGGAGCUGGUACGACUGUAA